AUGAAGAAAAUUAAAGUGCUAAAACGCAUGUUUUGCUUCAUCUUCUUCUUAUUGUUCUCCUUCAUCACAAAAAAUAUGGCCUAUCCUCUGUCUACAAAAUCUCGUUGGAUCAUCGACGAAAAAGGACAAAGAGUGAAGCUGGCGUGUGCGAAUUGGCCAGCGCAUUUGCAACCUGUGGUGGCGGAGGGGCUGAGCAAGCAACCGGUUGAUGCCGUUGCCAAGAUGAUAGUGGCAAUGGGUUUCAAUUGUGUUAGGUUAACUUGGCCACUUGAUUUGGCUACAAAUGAGACAUUAGCUACUAAUGUCACUGUGAGACAAUCUUUUCAAAGUCUUGGUCUUAAUGCUGACAUGUCUGGUUUCCAAACAAAUAACCCAUCCAUGAUUGAUCUUCCACUCAUUGAAGCUUACAAGAGGUUGGUGGCUACGUUGGGAAACCACAAUGUGAUGGUGAUAUUAGACAACCACUCAACCAAGCCAGGAUGGUGCUGCGGCAACGAUGACGGCAACGGUUUCUUUGGCGACACUUUCUUUGACCCUGCCACGUGGAUCGCUGGUUUGACCAAGAUGGCCACAAUCUUCAAAGAUGUCUCCAAUGUCGUUGGUAUGAGCCUCAGAAACGAACUUAGAGGACCUAAACAAAACGUCGACGACUGGUUCAAAUACAUGCAACAAGGAGCAGAGGCAGUUCAUGGAGCAAACCCUAACGUACUUGUGAUCAUUUCUGGCCUCAGCUUCGAUACCGACCUCUCUUUCGUCCGAUCACGACCUGUAACCCUAACUUUCUCCGGAAAACUCGUCUUUGAGCUCCAUCGAUACGCUUUCACAAACACAGAAAUAUGGAGCUCCAAAAACCCUAACGACGCAUGCGGAGAGGUUCAGAAAAUCAUCGACGACGGAGGCGGUUUCAACCUCCGUGACUUUCCGGUGUUUCUUAGUGAGUUUGGAAUAGAUUUGAGAGGCGGAAACGUUAACGAUAAUCGAUAUAUCGGAUGUAUAUUAGGUUGGGCGGCGGAAAAUGACGUAGACUGGUCGAUUUGGGCACUUACGGGAAGUUAUUAUAUCAGAGAGGGUGUGGCUGGAAUGGUUGAGUAUUACGGUAUGUUGGAUUCUGAUGGGAUUAGUAUUCGAAGCAUCGGUUUCUUGCUAAGAUUAUCUCUGAUUCAAACCCUGCUUCAAGGACCAGUCCCUCAACCAAAAGUCUACAAUCUUGUUUUCCACCCGUUAACCGGACUUUGCAUGGUACAAACUUCAUCAGAUCCAAAUAAGGUCACUCUCGGUACAUGUAAUACAUCUCCACAGUGGAGCUACACUCUUGACAACACCUUGAAAAUUAAAGACAAGUCUCUAUGCUUGGAGAACACUGGACCGAAUCAGCGGGUUAAGCUCAGUGAGACGAGUUGCUGGAGCCCUAAUUUGUCCAAAUGGCAAACCAUCUCAGGCUCUAUUAAUAUGCUCUUAGCUUCGAAGUCAUCCGAUAACUCGCUUUGUCUUGAUGUCGAUGGACACAAAAACAUCGUGGCUACGAACUGCAAGUGUGUGAAGGGCGAAGACAGCUCUUGUGAUCCGACAAGCCAGUGGUUUAAGAUCGUUAAAGUCAGCAGAUAA